UGUCGGAAUGAGAAACUGCCGCUGCUGCUUGGGGGAGCCCGGCGCUGCUCUACUGUGUCUUGUGGGCAGCUUAUCAACAAAACGCUGUGUUAUUACGUCUGAGUUACGACCAACUUCUCCUCCUUCGGUCUACUUACCUCCACUGCGAGUAACUUCAUCACUGCAUCCCAGGGCGUUUUAAGCGAAGUCAGAGAUUAACUUCCGCUGCAGAUUUUUCUUUACCACAUGCUGUUUACGGGAAAACAACCGUACUGCUUACUCGCAGUUAGAUGGGGAGCCAUGCCGGAGGAAUAAUUAAGGUAUGCAUAUUCAUAAAUUCUUAAGUGCCUUCUUCAAAAUCUAAUGGAAGAAAAAUUGUUAACUGGGCCUGCCAUGGUGUCCAGGCUGCCAAAGUUUGGUGGGCGCCCCUCAGGCGGUGGGAAUAGUCCUGUGUGCAAUGGCUCCACACAGUCACCUACAUCUGUGCAGGAUGGCAAGACUAAUUCACAUGGAACACGCUCAAAUGGUCUGAUCCGGCCCGCUCCACCGUACCUGAAAUGGAAGAAAGACGAUGGUAUGAACUCUUCUAGCCCCACCACACUUAUGAUUCCAUGGGAUGGAAAUGAAGAGAAGGCACAACACCAUGUGCCCUCAUUACCUGAGGUGAAAAGUAACUCUCAAUCAACACCUAAGAUGCGUAGGUCAGGUACUUUGAUGGUGGCUACCUCCAGCCCAAAAACUGUUCCCAAGCAACUGAUGAAGAUAAACCCCAAAGUGACAAAAGUUGGUCAAAGCCAACUGAAUGGGCUUUCUAAAGUAACCUAUAAUACUUAUGGCAUUCCUGCUCGAACUGGGUCGGAGUCGCGCCUUGUGCGGCCAAUGUUGGGCACCAGCUCCCCAAGAAGCAAUUCUCAGGAUAGCCUAUCACAAUCCAGAGACAACCGGAAGAUCUUGACGUUGGACCACAUGGUGCGUUCAAACAGCUUCACUCACUUCAAGCAGAUUCCCUCCCCCAACUGUGAGCCGAUGACACGGUCCUUCUCCUUUAAUCGGGCUGUGGAGUUGGCCAAACCCCUGGCCAACACUCAACUUCGGCCUCCUCGCAGUAGUUUCCUCAAGCCACCACGGAUCAGCAACGGAAGAUUCUGUUUAGGACUAAGCAGUAACCUUGGAGAUUCAGGUUUUCAGUACAGCAAAAGCCUUCCAACUGACUCCUCGUUGCCCAACCCAUCUUACCCUGCCAUGCCCACCACUCCACAAGGUUUGAGGAAACCUCAGCUUCCUAAUUCUGUUCUCACAAAGUCACUGACAAACAGUGUGGGAUCUUUAGGUUACAGAUCGGGUUCAACCACACAGGGUAAACAACAGACAUCUUCGUUUCCACACCAGCCCAAAGAGGGUGUUAGAUCUUCUGUCUUAUCUGACUCUGGUGAACUUCUGAGGAUAUCUAAAAGGUCUGAGCCAACCGAUGAAGAUGGGAAAGCAGAUUCAUCCAGUUACAGUGGUGGAAGCUCUGGAGUUGAAAAUGGCACUCAUGGCCAGAGCUCUGUCCAGAUGGCUACCGAGACCCUGGAGGACAUGUCCUUAUCUUCUGCCUCAUCGCUGGAAAGAAGUGACACCAGUGAAGAGAUUCUAGAUGAUUGUGACUCUGCAGGAGAUGUUUUUAGUGAUGGAGACAUUCCUGCCAGCACUACUCAAACCAUCUUGCGGAGGUCUUCCAAUGACAACACAGGCUGGGAGCCUGUAGGUCUGACAGAAAAUAAAGAAGAAAGCCCGAUGCAGAAAUUGCAAGAAUCUACGCAGGAUUCGUUGGUGUUGUCUCCUGUGCAGAGUGACGCUCCUCAGGGUUCAUCGGUGGAGCUGUCUCCCUCCAAUAGCUCUGGUGGGACCUACAUGUGGGAUGAAGAGGGUCUCGAGCCUCUUGGGGAGCUCAAGUCUCCACUAGCAAGUUAUGAGGAUUCUGAGAUCAACAGCAUGGACAUCUUGAACAACCUGGACCCUCUGGAAACUGGAGAUUUGGACGAUAAUGAUCUCAUGCUGGAUGUGGACCUCCCAGAGGAUAGCUUGCACGACUUUGACAGGAUGUCUCUCAUGGAGGGCUCAGACAGAGGUAGCCGACAGGGGCAGCGACGCAAGCAGCACCGCUGGAGUGGCCCAGAUCACUUCUUCCAUGACAGCAGGCUUCAUUUCCUCAGUAAUUACGACAAUCACAAGACUUCCAGGUUUCCUUCUCGUCCCGUCCAGUCUGAUGGGAAGCAGCCAGUCUACAAACCAAUGCUGGAUGAACUCACUGUGGAGCACAUGACGCAGGACUGCAGCGUGCUGAGGAAUCAACUUCUCAGGCUCAAAUCAUUACUUCAGCUUGAAGAAACAGGGUCUCCAGCAGAUGUUUGUGAGCAGACGGAAGACGAUACCACUGUGUCACAGAUGGAGGCUCUGAUUAAGGAAGUGCAGGUGCUCAGGGAGGAGCUGAGGGGUAGAGACAAGACUAUAGCUCUGCUCACUCUGCAGUGCCAACAGCUACAACAUCGUCAUCAGCAGCAGCAGCAGCAGUGCAAUCAAAUGCCUUACGAAGGUCAGCAAGUUAGAUGUCAGUGCCGCCAUCGGAGGACGUCCGGUUCGUUACAGCACAGCGAAAGACAGAUGGACAAACGGAUGCAUCAGUACGACAAAGCCACCCAGACGUAUUGGAGAACGCCGAGCCACCCUCCUCGAACGCUACAGCCUUUCAACCCCUAUCUCAACGAGCAGCCGCACCAGGAAAGACUAAUAAAAACUCCCCCCACCGAGGGCCACAGUAAGCUCACGCGGAGCAGAUCAGAGGAAGCGACUUGCAAAGAUAAUGACCGUCCUCUUGAAGCCACUAAAGCAGACGUGUCAGGGGCGGGUGGCUCUGACAAGCUGAGUCAUCUGCCCAGGACCAACCUGCGCCGCCCCCGCUCCUGCGCUCCACGGGGAAUAACUGGCACAGACGGUCCAGCGUCAGCACCUCUGUCCGCUUCGCAGCUUGGGCUGAGAGCUCCCGCUGCGCCGGCACAGAACUCUGACGUGCCGAGAUCGGCUCGCCCUCGCACGCUGCAGCCUCCUCGCGUCCACAAGCCGACGUCUUCACCCGCGUCGGAUUCACUUGGUGCUGGCGGCUCGGCCUCUCUGAAAAUGGGCCGUUCUUCGGGGCCUCCGGCUCACCAGACAAAGCAGCUGCCGCCUCCGACGAGAGGCCUUCCCUGCUUCAACGCCGAACCCCGGGGGCAGGCUCCAAAGCUGUGUCAAACUUCACUUCUUCAGCCUCUCAGAACUUCAGAGCUUCGCUGAAAUUCACAGGGAAAGUUGGGGAAGGUGUCAUUCAAGGUCUUUGGGACAGCCAGGAUCCCUUUGAGUCACUCCUGCCUCCCAAAGCCAAAUAAUUCCCCAAGGAAGCGAAUGACAUUGUCAGUGAAAUUCAAUCUUUUCUCCCCAGGCCAUAUUAGUUUUCCUUUUCCUUUAUCUCGAUAAUUAGGGGUUGACUGUAGUUUUGUUCCGUGACUUGCUAAUGGUGCAACUUUUACAUUGGCUGCCAACGUGGUAGGAUGUGUCAUUCAGAAUGGAUUUUAUAUUACAAGUCAAUUUCAUUAGCUUUGCACAUGUCAAUGAAUACUGAAGGUGGGGGAAAACAAGUUUCACACUUUGCACUUGACAUUUUUUUUUUGUUGUUUUGUUUUUCUUUGCAACAGCCUCUGGCUAAUGUCCCGUUUAAAAUCCCAGGACUUGUUGACUUUAGACAGCCUUGCCCUUUGACACACAGGUGCAUUUGGUUUUUAAACACAGAGUCGAUGUGAUUGUGACCUCUGCUGUGCCUUAGAAGGCCCAGGGGGGAAAACAGGAGCGAAAACAAGAAGUGAGACUGAGUCCGAAAAAAAAAAUAAAAUGAAUAAAAAGGAGGAGGAGGGCGAAAGAAAAAGUGAAAAGCACAGCAGCAGACUGAAAAGCUAAUUUGUCAAAGCCCUCUGAAGCUUGUCACUUCCGGACAGAGAAUAUGUGCAUGUGUAAACGUGUUUGUUGGUGUGUUUGUAUGCUGACUGAAAGGGCUUUGAAGAGCAAAGGAAAACAGCUCCCCCGCCAUAGCUGCGUGUGCAUCAUUGUAGCUCAGUUCACUGCACUGCGCUUAUAUUUUUGGGUAAACAUUACAAACUCUGCACAUAUUAGCAAAAGGGGUCGUCGACCCUCCGUCGAAAUGCUUUAUGAUGUAAAUAUAGGAGCAGAGAAAAACAACACCCAUCUGUUAGUGAAGCCGUGUCAAUAACAGCGUGCCAGUCAAAGUAACAGAACACAUCAGUGUAAUUACGCUUAAAGGCAUGAGAGUGUGGAUAAGUAGAAAACACUAAGAAAAUAGUAAGUUUUAUUGGAAUAGAGUCAGUGUUUGAGAAAGUAUUUCUUUUUUAAUAUCCAAACCUUGAAAUCAGUUCUACAAGGCAAAAAACCAGAACCGAAUCUAUUGAUACUACAAUUUAAAGUAGACGUAAUGAAUAACGUUCAUAACGUGUCCCAGAGUGCCAAGUAACCCCUAAAUAUUGGAAGUUGCAAGCAAUUUGUUCCCAUUAUUCAAAGAUUGGAUCAAAUUCGGUUUGCUUUAAUAGCAUAGCGAGAGAUUCAAAACGAAUGUAAUCUUCAGGGACUUUAGAAAACAAACAGAUUUAGUUUAUAUACAGCAAUAUAGAAGUAAAAAAAAAAAGUGUCUUUAAAAUGAUCUAAUUUAACAACCUAUGCUGCAUGAGAAGUGAACACUUUGUGCUUUUGUAAUUUUAGUUUCUUUUAUGGCCAAGUUUUUUUUCAGACACAACUUGUGUCUCAUCAUACUGACCACUCAUCACUUACUACCUGGAAAGGGUGCAUUCUGUACCAGCUAUGGCAACUGAGUCAUUUUCUAUAUUUUAGUCAUAGUCUUCUAUGAAGCGCUAUGUGCCUCCAAUUAAUACCUUUCAGGAAAAGGUCAGCUGAGGGAUUUCAUGUGAUCUGACGUUAUAAUCUGACAGUUAAGUAGCCAUGAAUUAGGAUUUAAAUUAAAAUGAAAGAGGAAUGAACUACAAGUGAGAUUUAAAUGCAAUUCGCAGAAACGCUUAACUACAAUGAAAAAUACCACUCAUAUGGUAUGGUUUUAAGUAAACCAAACCACAGGGCAUCAUCGCAGAACUCAUUAAUUUGGUAUGCGGUUUGCACUUCUUCAGCUUUUACUACCUUAUAAAGUGAACACUUACUGGCUUAAUUGCAACUGCUAAUGGAGAGAAAAACAACAGUAACAAACAAACAAAUGUGCCUUGAGUUGUUUACCAAGGAAGGGUACUUUUGAAUUUCAGCGAUCUACUUGUAAAGGUACACUGAAUACAGAAUGUUUGGUUAGCAUUUAGUUUUGCUCUAAGCUGCAUGAGUUUCUCAUCUGAGCAGCAAUCUGUGUACGGGUUGUUCUUCUGUUGGCUGGUCGUCUCCAUCCAUGUUCAAAUCCGGGAGGAACAAGACUUCCUUAUGAAAUGAAAUUGGGCAUAACUUAUUUUCUUUUUUAUUUGUGAUUUUAAAAAUUGUAUUAAUAUAUUUUGAUAAUGAUUAAUUAAUUUAUUUUUUCCUUCCACUAUAUGUUAACAAAAUAUAUGUGUUGGGUUUGAAAACUAUGCAAAAAGUAGUUUUGUUUUUAUUAAGAGCUGUACAUUAUUUUGAAUUCCAAUCAUCUGUGCAUUAUGUGCACGAUGGCAAAACGCUGCUUGGAUUUUGUUGGUUAAUUAGUAUAUUAACCAGAAAACGUAGGCUUUAAGACUCAAUAAGCUGAAGCUAGCUUACAGUGGUUGUGUGGACAUUGUUUUGGGAGAGUAGAGCAAAGGCAAUGCUGUUAAUAAGUUCAGUUAACGCCCAAUAUUCAACAAUAAAAUAACAAUUACAUGUCUUUCCAAUAUUUCCAGGUCCUUGUUGUAUUUAAAAUGUAUUUCUUCUUUUUCUAAGAAAACAAAUUGACAUUUUUCAGGCAGACAUCUCACCUUAAUACUGCUUAUUUGUUAUAGCUAGUGGGUGGGCAGUACUUGAUGAAAACCCGCUGCUUGAGCUCUCUGGUCAGAGCAGACCUGUUGCCAGCUGUUCAAUGUUUCACAUGCUGAAACAGGGUCAGUGGUACAAAAAAAAACACAAUUAUAAAAUAACCCCCCCCCCCCCCAAAAAAAAAAAAAACAAGCAAUAUUCUUAUUCAGGUGGCAUGAUAUCAAAACAUAUUUCUGCCAACCCUAUUCCUAAGCAUCAACCAAUAACAGGGAUUCAUAAAAAAAAAAGUAAAGCUGCUGUCUUACUCCAUCUGUAUAUCCAUUUGGAGGAUCCAAGCAGUUUUUCUUUUUCCUCCUUUUUUUCCUCUUCGCACAUCUCUUUGGAUAGAUCAGAGGUAUUAGCGGUGUGUUUUCAGGUAGCCAGCCUCUGGGGCUUCAGUGGGCUCUCUGCGGGUGUUUUUUGGAGAGCUGUGUUUAUCGUCCCUUCGCAGAGUCCUUUCCGCAGUCAAACGCUCAUGAAGUGUCCCCGAAUGGAGAGCAGCAGUGUGUUAAAAAGGCCUUCUGACAGCGACGCUGCUCUCUUCUCUGUCACGCCGCGUGACCGCUCGCUGUACGCCUCUGGCGGUGUCCGGUCUACUGCGUCCAAUAAUGCACCCCGCGCAGACGAAGUGCGACAGACCCACACGCGCGCGCGCACAGCGGUCCAGCGUAGCGUGUGUGCGUUGUUAAGCGAGAUGCAGAGGAGGACGCACGUGUACAGGAAGUGUUGCUGAACUCGAGGAGAGAUGACAGUCAGAGAAAACGCACACAUCGUCUCUCACGGCUCCCACACGGUGCAUGUGCACCCUUGGAACUUCUUCACAUUUUGUUGGGCUACAGCCACCGUCUGUAAUAUUCUUAGUGGGAGUUAAUGUGACAAACGUACUGAGUUUCGUAGAAUCAACUAGCAGCUGUAAUUACCGACGCUGCUUCCAAACAAGAUUUCUUAUGUCUUCUUCUUUAUGCUUUUUUUUUUAAACCCAAAUUUGUGCACCUGAGCUGUAUAUCCCUGCAGCCCCUCCAGAGUAACUACGGACUUCUAGGGAUCUUCUGCCUGUGACGAAAUCUGAAAAAGUUCAAGCGGAGUGAAUAUUUUUAGCAAGACACAAAUGAGUUAAUUUAGUUCAAACUGAUCCUGCUGCAGAUGAAAACAAGUAUUUCUUUAGAUGACUCCGUAAGUGGGUAGAGACUUGUGUGUGCGCUUAUAAGCGAGAGUGAGAAUUUAUACAGCAGACAAAGCAUGUUUACCUGUUGGAAGGCUCGACAUUAUGCCAAACCAGCCAAGCGGUCGACAGGGCUCUUUGAAGCCAAGAAAAACAUUUUCUUUUUCCUAAUGAAAUCGGAAACAGAGAUGGAGAACAAAAAAAAAGGAAAAGAAAAGGGAAGUAUGGGAUGAGAUGCUGUAAUGGAUGAUGUUGAUAGGCUAAAUGUUGUGGGGCAGGUAAACAAAAUGCUCAGGAUAUUAUCCGCAUUGGGGUCCAGAGAGUAGCCUGAUCCCGUCAGCUGGGUCGCUUAGCGAUGCCAAAUAGGAGAUCAGUGCAGCUUGUUAUGUUUGCUCAAGUUUGUAUAUAUGCAUCUCCAGACACUUCUGGCUGCCAGCAUUUGCAUGUGUCCGGAACAGAAAGAGAGAGAGCGAGGGAGAGCGAUGUGUUUUCCAAGGCUUACCAAUGCCAAGUGAAAUGGGGCUGUGUCGUUCUGUUUUCCCAAUCUCCAAAUCAAUGACUGUGCUCAAAUCAGCAAUCAGGCCAAUCAGUCGCGCUAGCUGCGCUGUAGCAAAAACCUCAACAACCAGAAAGCUGCAGCACCAAAUUUGAUUAAUUAGAAUAUGGGAUGUGGUUUUAAGGCCAACAAAUUACAAAGCUACUGAGCAAGAAAACAAAAAUAAAAAAGGUUCUGCAGUAUGACUUAAUGACAAAAGAGUGUGGUGCUAUUUUCCUUUAUUUUAGGUUUUUAAGCAUCUCUAAAGAUGCUUUUUUUUUGCCAUGCAACGAUAAAAGGUAACCAGGAGACAUCUCUGAACUACAGACAACAAAUUUGUUGAUGUUUCAGGUUUACAACAAACGAACCAACACAAACGAUACAAAGUGGUAUGAUAUGUUGUCUUUACUGUAUGUCAAAGAUGGAUAUAUUUAUAGACUCGACAUAUAAAAGUAGGCAUUUACACUUGCUGCGCAUAAUUUAAUAGCUUUGAGCUCUUUGCUUUGAUUUCAUAGUCAAUUACGCAAUUGACAUUUCAAAUGGAAAAAAAAAAAAACAGGACAUGACGUUAUUCAACUGAAACUAUAGAAAUUUCAUAGAAAAAUAAAGGGAUUCUUUUUAAUGUUUGAUUUGAAGGCCGUUGUAAAAACUAUUAUCCACUGCUGCUUGCAGUUUUUUUUUACUACCCCCUCAUGCACUCACAACAAGGAGGAAAAGAUUAAAUGGCUCUUCUGAUUUUAAGAGGCAGUUAUUCCAUAGGCUCCUCAACAGCACUUGAUCAGCUUUACUAUCCAGCUGUGUAUUUGUUAAACUACUAACCAAUAUAUAAUUACAGUUAAAAACCACAGCUGGGUAAUGAAGCGUGGGUCUCAUACUUUUAAUAAAAGCAUCAUGACGGGGGAAAUCAGCAAAUUGAUUGAAAAUGAUAAUUUCAUGAAAGGCAGAUUUGGGAGAAAUCAAGACCGACCUGUGAUUUUUCACAUAAUUGAUCUGAGGUUUGAAGCAUUUAAAUGUUAUUUGCGUUACUAAGGGUGUAACAUUACAUGCUUUCCCUGACUCUUAAGCCAUGGUGGACACCGCUUUGGGUCAUAAAGUGAAAGCAAUUAGCAAUGUCAGUGAUUGUCAAAUAUGUUUACGUUUUUCUGAUUGGUUAAUAAAGAAAUCCGGUCAUUCCAGUCUGGUCUGGCCGUCUUCACACUUUCACGUGUUUUAUUAUUGGCAAAUGUAACCAACCCGUGCAAAUGUUCUGAAACAUUUUGCUACGUCUGUACAAACUAUUAAACCUCUCUAAAAAAACAUAUUUGCUUAAAAAUCUACAAGUAAAAAAGGGAAAAAUGCAAAAGCAAUACAAACGCUAAUCUUUUCCUUUAUGCCUUAUGUGAUGUCAUCAGACAUAGGUACAGGCGGGGGGUUGUUUUUGCAAAGAUAGUAUAUCUUAUUCUAAGGAAGUAAUGCUUUACAAAUACAAAAAAGUAGGAAAAAAUGAUCAUGGCAUUUUGUUCUAUUGGUAAAAUGAGUAAGACUGAUUUCACAGAACAAACUGGCUCACAGGUUUAAUAGAAAACUCAAAGUUUGAUAGUGAAAGUAUGAAUUUGCUCAUCUUACUGCUCUUGUAGCAGUAGGGUUUGCAUAAACUGCUAUUACUCGUACAUCGUGAAAUUCAUCAGACAAAUGCUCGUCUUAUCAAGUUCUUCAGAGCUGAACCACCAACUAGACGUUUUGCAGUGUUUACAGAUAAUGCUCAACAGUGGAGCGAUUUAUAUUUUCUCCCAUAUUAUGCAAGGUUGCUGUACAUCAUCUAUUAUAUCAGCUGCCCUCAGCUGUUACAGCCUCAAUCCAGUGUAGAAUGCAAUACUAAAAAAAAAAAAAAAAGGCAGAAUGUUGCAUUGAAUUUUUAGCAUCAGUUUAUGCAAAUAGAAAAAGAAAGCAUAUAAUGCUUCUAAAUAUAUAUGAAGCACUUUACAUUGCACUAGUUGUACAUGGAAAGUAGGCAAAAUUUGUCAUUUAUUUCAGUGGAAUUCUUUUUUUUUUGUUUGGAUUUUGUAUGAGAUAAAAAGCAAUGACCUAGUUCUAAAUAAAAAAAACAGUUUUUUUCCAUAUUUUAUGUCUGGUUCUUUAAAAUGCUAUUUUGACGUGAGCAGCUCGUCUUAGAUAGAUGAAGAAGUGUGAGUAAAAAAAGAAAUGUGAUGCUGCGGGAUCAGCGAGACGCCACAGGUGAACGCACACAAGUCAUUAAACUCAAAGAAAAAUAAACCUGCUGAUCUCAAGAAGCCAGAUUCUCAAUUUCUUCUGUCUUUUUUUUACUCUCUGCUGCUGGUAUUUCUUUAAGAAUAAAGUUUGAUUCUGUAACAGA